AUGUCUUCAUCCAGCACUAACUCUUCUGACGACGAUAAAUCUAAAGCAAAAGUCAGAAUAUUCAUUCGUUCGCCAACAACACUAAUACCUGAGGGAUUUUCUGUAUUAGCAAAUCUUGACUCGUCGGUUCUUUUUUUGAAGCAAUCAAUUUUUGAGACACAUCCCUCAAAGCCUAACAUAAAAGACCAAAAGUUAAUUUAUAGAGGAAAAGUUUUAAAAGACUCGGAUCUUGUUAUCAAUGUAUUGCAAGAAGGGUUGUCAACCGAUCAAACUUUCCAUUUAGUUGUAAAACCCUCGUUUCAAACCAUUGCCGAGACUACUGGGAUGCCAAUAAGACCACCUAGUUCCAACGCAGUACCUACCACUACCACUGCGACAGCUCAAAACAUUCGGUUUCCUCAAAAUCAAACUUUACAUCCAGUUCAAAAUUCUAGUAUGCUUAUUAAUGGAAAUAACCUCCAACAACCUCCAGCAUACUUUUAUCCUAAUGUUCCUCAAUAUCAAUACUUUGUUCCUCCUACACUAGAUCCUUCACAAAUUCAAGGGCAACAAAAUGCAACUAUAUUUAAUCAACAGCAAGAAGGAAUGGCAGCUCAGAUGCACAAUCCUUUUGUUAUGGGAUUUCCAUUACAAUAUUAUGUUAUGAUAAAUGGAAUGCCUCAUUUAAUACAAAUGCCAUUUCCUAAUCCACAACCUCAAUUAUACCCAUAUCCACAACAAUAUCAAUUUAUAAAUCAACAACAAAUGGGUAUAGCGCCUGCACAACAACCUUUAAAUGCCCCUCAACUUCAUGAACAACAAGAUAUUGGAGCAAGAAAUCAAAGGCGAUUGGCCAUACAAGAAAAUAAUAGACCCACAACUUUACAAGAUAUUGAGCAUGCAUUGUGGACUUUUGUAACAUCUUUAAUACCAUCCAAUCCACCUGAUGUCAUGCAACAAGAUGAUAUGAUGUAA